AUGUACUCUUUUGCUUCCCUAUCUUCCUUUCGUUCUCUUCCUCCUCCUUCUCUUGCCAUCUGCCGCCAUGUCUCGCCAUACCCGGUGGAGGAACAUGGCAUUGCUCGCUAUACCAUGUUACAUGGGCCCAGACAAUCGAGAUCACGCCAACCACAUCAUGUGAUUGGUGUACAGUGGCGUGAUCUCCUAUUGCCAUCCAUCAAUAUCUCACUGGCACGAUUCAUACGUGUCAGUAUCAAUAUCGGCCAAGACCUUAAACCAAACAUGGAAGAUGAAAAAACAAUCAAAUUGCCUGAAUCAUAUGCCAUGAAUGGAGGAGAUGGAAAUUGUAGUUAUGCCCAAAACUCAUCUUAUCAGAGGGGAGCAGUGGAUGCUGCAAAGGAACUCAUUAAGGAAGGAGUUCCAGCCAAACUUGACAUAAAACAGCUUUCUUCAUCUUCUUCUAUAAACCCAUUUUGCAUUGCAGAUUUCGGGUGCUCUACAGGACCCAACACACUUCUGGCAGUGCAGGUCAUACUUGAAGCCGUGGAGCAAAAGUUCAAAUCAGAAAAACCAACAGCCCAACUCCCUGAAUUUCAGGUUUAUAAAGUUAACUAUGAAAAGAAAAUUAAUCAAAGAAUUUAA